AUGGUGAGAUUAUUACGACUGUGUCCGCUCUAUCAACCCUGGAACAAGUCUAGAUGGAUCACGAAACCCAGAAAAGGAAUAUGGUAUUUGCCAUCUGACCUCCAGGAGCUUGCUACUUGCUACGGCUUAACCCCUACCAAGGCGUUGGAGCUGUAUGACCACACUUUCCUAAUGCGGACAGAGAAUUGCGACAAGGUGUGUCUUCUGAUGAAGGAUAUGCAGCAUUGUGGGAAGGCGCACUGGUACCUUGCUAUCAUUUUCAUCAAGGAGCAAGAAGUCCUCAUCCUUGAUUCAAGUCAAUCUGAGGAGUAG